AUGCCUCCGAAAAUGAAAUUUGCUGAAGGAGAAAGGGUGUUGUGUUAUCAUGGUCCUCUUCUGUAUGAAGCCAAAUGUGUCAAGUCUGACGUUAAAGAAAAAACUGUACGCUACUUCAUUCAUUACAAUGGUUGGAACAAAAAACUGAAAAAGAAAAAAAAAGGAAACACACUCUCUGGCAACAAACUCUCUGAUGAAGAACUCUUUGAAAGGAACUCUUCUGAACUGAACUGUUUUGAAUUCUCUGCCUGCUUCCUUCCGUUUGUCAAAUGGAGUCACUAUGAGAGGGGCUUUAAGAAAGAACCUGCUUUAAGUUGGGAUGAGUGGGUUCCAGAAACCCGAGUCCUCAAAUACAACGAUGCCAGCUUACAAAGACAGAAAGAACUACAGAAGGCUCAUGCCUGCCGUAACACAUGGAAGGAAUUAAAGCUUGGGUUCAAGAAAACCAAAACUAAAAAAGACAAAGAAAAAGGUGUUUUAUUAGGAACAGAAAAAACAAAGCAUAAAAGUUCUUUAGUGACAGGCCCAGGUGGUGGCAGUAGUGGCAACACAACUGGUGAUGGCGGCAGUACAAGCAGUGUCAGCUCCACGCCAGCAUCUUCCACAGUUGGAGGAUCUACAACUUCUACAACAACUGAACCAAAACGAAAAAGGGCAAAGAUUGAUCCAACUGUAGAAUCAGAAGAAACAUUCCAGGCCAAAAUUGAAGUUAGAGUUAAAGUUCCAGAUGAUCUCAAACUAUGGUUGGUUGAUGAUUGGGAUUUAGUUACCAAGCAGAAAAAGUUAUUGAGGUUACCUUCAAAGAAAAACAUUGAGAGCAUUUUAGAUGAUUAUAUAAAAUUCAAAACUACCAAAUCGAAUAAUAACAAGGAUGCUGUCAAAUUGGUCAUUCAAGGCCUUAGGGAAUACUUCAAUAUGACAAUUGGCACUCAAUUGUUAUACAAAUUUGAACGUCCACAAUACACAGAGCUUCUUGAGGAAAAUCCAGAUUCACCGCUGUCAUCUAUUUAUGGAGCUGCCCACCUUUUGCGGUUAUUUGUGAAAAUUGGUGGGAUGCUUGCAUACACAUCACUUGAUGAAAAAAGUAUUCAACUGUUGCUUACACAUUUUCAUGAUUUCCUUAGAUAUUUACAAAAGAAUGCAUUGAGUUUACUCAGUGUUAAUGACUACAUGUCAGUUACUCCAGAAUACCUUCGAAAAGUGGGUUGA